AAGUAAAAUGAUGGAUUUAGGUUUGGAACUUACCUAGGUAUAUUCCAGCGCUGCGACAAUUGAGCGAAUUAGACGUUGAUCAAGGAAGAACUCGUCGAUCGACAUGUAAGCACUGGUGAGGAUAAGCGCGCUAACCAUGUAGCAUACAGCAUCUAAAAAGAUAUGUAACUCCUAUUUGAUGCCGCGUAAAUCAACCCCACAAGCGUCGUCCAGAUAAGCUAUACGAUCUGUAGGAAAGGUGGAUGAGGCUUCCAACCUAGGAAUCAAUCCACGAGCUGCGCUAGCUCGACAGCUUCCGCCGCAUGGGCGCUCACUCAGCAACCACUAACUAGUUAGUUAGAUACCUACGCAUUCAAGAUGCUUAAACUAAGCCCCGACGAGAGUUUCAACUUCGAGAUUCUGCGCAUGUUGUCGCACUCCAGCUUCAAUGGAGCAGAUAUCAGCGAAUGCCUCAUCGCCGCAGAGGAGAUCGCCCCGGGAGACUUCGAGUCUUGGUACGCGGCGUGGAAUAAGCGAGCUGAGCGAGUACUAUCCCAUGUUAAGGAACUGAACGACCCGAUUUCUCUCCGAGAUGCGUACUUCCGCGCCUCGACAUACAGCCGUGCGGCGGACUUCUUCCUCCACGGGAACUGGGCCGACCCGCGUAUUAAUUCACUGUGGAAGAGGCAGGCAGACUGUUUCACGGAAGCAAUUUUCCGCCUAGAAAACCCCGGGUAUAGGAAAUUACUUAGGGCAGACGGGUUCGAUGUUCCAAUCAUCGUAUUCCCGGCUGGUAAGAGGGGCGACGAGACGAAGAGACCAACGAUCCUGAUGGGUAAUGGGUACGAUGGAUCCAUGGAGGAAAUGUACCAUAUGCACGGCGCCGCGGCGCUCGAACGAGGGUACAACGUCGUGGUGUACGAAGGUCCCGGACAACCAACAGUGCGCCGCGACCAAGGGCUAGGUUUUAUCCACAAUUGGGAGGCCGUCGUAACUCCCGUCGUAGACUACGUCGAGACGCUAUCCUUCGUCGAUUCGAAAAAGAUCGGCCUCGUGGGAUACAGCAUGGGCGGGUACCUGUGCGCCCGCGCCGCGGCAUUCGAACCCCGCAUCUCAGCCGUCUUCCAAAUCGACGGGCUAUUCGACUUCACCAAGACCCCCAUCUUCACCACCGGCGGGCUAUCCAAACCCGAAGGCAUAAACGACGAAGCAGCCGCACGCGCCAUCCUAGACAACCCCGAGGUCCCAACGGGCUUCCGCUGGGUGCUAGGACACGGGCUCUGGUCGUUCAACGUUAAGACGCGGGGGGAGUUCCUCGAGAGGGCGGCGAAGUUCAGCCUGGACAACGGCAUCGCGCAGCAGAUCCAGUGUCCGGUGUUCGUGGGCGACCCUGAGAAAGAUAUGUUCUUCCAGGGCCAGCCGGAGCUCAUGGUGGAGAAUCUGGAGGGGAAGGGGACGCUGGUGAAGUUUACGAGGGAGGAUGGCGCGGAGGAGCAUUGCCAUUUUGGGGCGGGGAGGUUUACUAAUGCGGUUAUGUAUAAAUGGUUUGAGGAUAAGGUUGUGAAGGCAUAGGGUUGGGGUUAUUAAGUAAGGCGAGGGUGGGAAAUAAGGAAUUGAAGCUUGGUUUAUGAGAAUUUCACAUCCCUUGAGUUGGAUUUUAGAUGUAGGUGAUAACUUCAUAAACAAGAAAUUGUCCCGGCCUUCGAUAGGUAGAUCGAAAAUAGAUAAAAGUGCUUUAAUCUGAUAUAAAUGUGUGUGAUUAGU